AUGGCUUCCGUAGCUUCUAUAACGCGUAUUAAAAAUUUCCAAGAUUUGCUAACAAAUUAUGGCCUAGAUACUACUGGCAUUACAAUAACCAUCGCUGAAGCCCAGAACCAAGACGACAGGGUCCAGAGUUUAGAUCUAAUUCGCAUGUCGGCAAAUAAUCCGUGGUUCGCUUUGAGCCCUCACAACCGCUGGAUUCGACCGCAGCGCACGGACCCGGGGCUUGAAACAGACCCUGACCAGACGGAUCCCAAAAUUACCCAAGACACCGACGAAGAUAUUUCAACUAGCUACGAUAAUGGCGAGUUAAGUUUGGAUACUGGGAAGCGGUCGGCAGUGGCGACGGCUCUGAACGCCGGUCGGCGUAGAAGGCGGCCGACGCCAGCGCUCGGUAAGGCAGUCACGCCGUAUGUCGGCGUCGGUGUGCUGAACGAUAUGGGUUCAUUCUUCGACUCCUUGCGGGACAAUUUAGAAGCUCUGGCGUCGCUGUCGCCUCAGCAGCGGACGAAUCUAUUCCAUGAACCUCCGCACGUUCUCCAGGCGCCUUCUACCAGUAUGAGCGGCGGAGGGAGCGGGAUAAGGAGACUGCACGCGUUACGUCCACUUAAACCUACCGCUAACAUCAGAUCUUACAACCGCAGAUCGUUCGUGGAGGCUGACGCAGGGUAUCCCAUGGCGAAUAAUCACGAUCCAGGACUGCUGUGGACCGGACUGGGCCGCCGGUAG